GUUCUUAGCCAGUGGGAGGAUGAAAUUAGAGAAAAGAUUGUUCCAUGACAACACCAAGGUCCAACUCAUGGUCUCCAAAGUCUUGCUAGAUUCAGUUGGAUUUAUAGGCAUCCAACUGAGACCAGAUCUAGUACUCCAUCUUUUCUGAUGAUCAGGAGAUUGUUGCUUCACAGACAAAACUGAGAGGAUGGAGAAGCCAGCACCCGCAAAGCCUGCAAAGCCCACAAAGCCCAAAAAACCCACAAAGCGUACAGCACCAGCAGAAGCCCCAGCGAAGGCAGAACAACUUGCAACUAUAACUGAUGACAAAACUGAAAGGGUGGAGACGCCAACACCCGAAAAGGGUGCAGAGUCCAUAGAUAAUGAAGCACCCAGAAAGGAUUCAGCAACAGCAACAGCAACAGCAGCAGCAGCAGAUGAAACUGGUGCAUCUGGUUUUCAGAGUAUGGUUGCUUUCAUCACAUCUCCAACGGGUGAAAGGUUUGUCGUACUUGAGAUUUUCAUCCUCACUGCCAUGACACUGCUGGUUUUCCUUCUAUAUCAGAAGGAAAUGAAAAAGAGAGAGGAGAUUCAGGAGGCAAUGAAUAUGAUUCGAAACUUUGUUGUUGGAAUUGAACCAUUCUAUCUGGACAAGGAUGACUUCCAAAUACUCGCUGCAGCUCAAAACUUAUCAGAGGAAGUGCGGUAUCUUGCCAAAAGAAAUGAUCAACUGCAAAAGGAAAUUGACAUCCUUACUAGAAACUUGAAAGAUGGUUGGAUUAUAUUUUCAAGUUCGUUCUAUCUGUUUUCUCCUGAGCUACGCUCAUGGGUGGAUUCCAAAGACAAGUGUGAGAGGGAAGGUGCCCAGCUUGUUUCUGCAGAUACAGAUACAGAAGAAGAACAGUUUUUUAUAGACCAGCAUGUAAAAGAACGUAGAAAGUUUUUUUGGAUUGGACUCUUUAAAGACCUGGAAGGGAACUGGAAAUGGGUGUCAGGGAGGCUACCUGAAGCCGAGUACUGGAAUUUCUACGAGCCAAAUAUUGAAAGGCACCACGACUGCGCUGCAGUUACCUUUGAUUGCUACAAAGGUUGCUGGAUAGCAUUAGAAUGUCAUCUACAAAUACCGUAUAUUUGUAAGAAGGUGCCUGAUGAUGUUUGGCUCUAAGAAGACACCUUAAGAUGAGUGAAAUUGGAUCCCAUGAUGUCUUCAUAAAAGCAAAACCAAGAGAUCACCCCACCCCACAGGUUUAAUGCACAAUCCACACUCUGCCAUCUAGGUUAUGGGACUCUCUGGCAUCAGCCCUCACAGUCAUCUUGAAAAGACCUUCUUCCGAAAGCUCAGAUGUAGAUGGCUACAAAAAUAGAGAAUGGAAGGGUCCAAUCAUA